AAAAAAAAAAAAAAAAAAAAAAAAAGCACUUAUUUGGUACACUUAUGUGUAAGCAGGUUACGAGCCUGUCUCAUGUCACUGUUGAAGGGGAUGGGGUGGCGGCGGUGCUAUCACUCCACCAGGAGAGGCGGCCAAUUCGAGGGAUCCCCUGCCUUGAGGCUCCUUCCAACUCGGGAUCGUUCGUAAAAGAACACCCACGACCUUCCUGUGAGAUCCCGCGGAUGACAUUCACAGGAAUAGAAGACGCAAUAUGAGAAGGGGGCACGACUGAAGGCUGGCUCAGUCCUACAACGUGGAAGAUGAGGAGCUGUGGAAACUCCGAUUGAGAUCGCAAAACUGGAACCACCACAGUCAGGGCUGGGAUCAAAGAUACACUUUGCCUUCGCGCGACCAAACGGUCUGAUACUACAGGAAGGAGGGCUGGAGGCGCGUAGAAGGGCCACGCUAGGGCUCCUGGGCGCGCCUCACUCGUCCAGGCGCACACGUACGUACGGACGCACGCGCUCUAGCACCAUCUAGCGGCCCGCGGCCUCCGCCCUAUCCCGUCCCGUCCCACUCGACUCCUUCCUUCUACCCUCCCCUUCCCCCUUUUUUCUUCUCCUUCCCCACCCCACUCCUUUCUUCCCUCCUCCCUCCCCUUCCUUUCCCAUUCCGUCGGAUCUCAGGCCUUUCUCUCUAUUUCACUUUCUCCGCCCCUUCAUACUCAGCUUGUUCUUCCACCUCCUCCUUGCCUCUCUUCCAUCCCUUUCCGCUUCCUUCCCCAAUCGCUUUCUUCUUCAUCCUUCCUCUUUUUACACCUUCUCCGCCUCUUAGUCUUUUCUCCCCUCCCCUUCCGUCUCCUCCCCUCCCUAUAUUGCUCCUCUCCGCCCCUCCUUCUCCAUCCCUCUCUCUGAUUUACUCCUUCCCCCCUCCCUUCCCACCUUCUCUCUUUCCUCCCUCCCUCUUCCUGGCGCUCUCUCCCUCUUUCCCCUCCCUUUCCUCCCCCCUCCCUCCCGGGCUCUCCUCCCCUAAGAUCUCCAGUGCCUGGCGAACGGCGUGUUGCUGCGUCAUCGUCAGGGGCCGGUUUGAAUGAGACUCAAGAGUCGCGCCGGAGCCGCCGCCGCCGCCGCCGGAUCUCCAGCCCAGCCCGAGCCGCUACCGCCGCAGCCGCAGCCUCUCCUGCUCCUCUUCAUUUUCCUUCCCUUCCUCUGUAGCCCCUAGUCCCGGCCUUCCUGUGCCGUUGCUUCCCUCAGCCAUGCCGCUCUUUUCAGUUAAUGUAAAAUGGGGAAAAGAGAAGUUUGAUGGUGUGGAACUGAAUACUGAUGAACCUCCCAUGGUAUUCAAGGCUCAGCUUUUUGCAUUGACUGGAGUCCAACCUGCUAGACAGAAAGUUAUGGUGAAAGGAGGCACUCUGAAGGAUGACGAUUGGGGAAACCUCAAGAUAAAGAGUGGAAUGACUCUGUUAAUGAUGGGAUCAGCAGAUGCUUUGCCUGAGGAACCUGUAGCUAGAACUGUUUUCGUAGAAGACAUGACGGAAGAACAGCUAGCAUCUGCUAUGGAAUUGCCAUGUGGAUUGACAAAUCUUGGUAACACUUGUUACAUGAAUGCUACAGUUCAGUGUAUCCGCUCUGUGCCAGAACUUAAAGAUGCCCUUAAAAGGUAUGCAGGUGCCUUGCGAGCUUCGGGGGAAAUGGCAUCGGCACAAUAUAUCACUGCAGCCCUUAGAGAUUUGUUUGAUUCCAUGGACAAAACUUCCUCCAGUAUACCACCUAUUAUUCUACUGCAGUUUUUGCAUAUGGCUUUCCCACAGUUUGCAGAGAAGGGUGAUCAAGGACAAUAUCUUCAGCAGGAUGCUAAUGAAUGUUGGGUACAAAUGAUGCGAGUGUUGCAACAAAAACUGGAAGCUUUAGAAGGUGAUUCUGUUAUGGAGACAGAAAAUGCAUCAUCAUCUGCAGCCCAAGCACCUACUAAAAAGAAAAGUUUAAUCGAUCAGUUCUUUGGUGUUGAGUUUGAAACUACCAUGAAAUGUACAGAGGCUGAAGAAGAGGAAGCCACCAAAGGGAAAGAAAACCAGCUCCAGCUCAGCUGUUUUAUCAAUCAAGAAGUCAAGUAUCUGUUUACAGGACUUAAAUUGAGACUUCAGGAAGAAAUUACCAAACAGUCUCCAACAUUGCAACGAAAUGCUUUGUACAUAAAAUCUUCCAAGAUUAGCCGAUUGCCUGCUUACCUUACUAUUCAGAUGGUUCGAUUUUUUUACAAAGAGAAGGAAUCUGUGAAUGCCAAAGUUCUUAAGGACGUUAAAUUUCCUCUUAUGUUGGAUGUAUAUGAACUAUGUACACCAGAACUUCAAGAAAAAAUGGUAUCCUUUCGGUCAAAAUUCAAGGAUCUAGAAGACAAAAAAGUAAAUCAACAGCCAAAGACAUUUAGCAAAAGUGGUGGUGCACAGAAAGAAGUUAAAUAUGAGCCAUUUUCUUUUCCUGAUGAUAUUGGCUCUAAUAACUGUGGUUAUUAUGAUUUACAAGCAGUGCUAACACAUCAGGGAAGGUCUAGUUCGUCAGGCCAUUAUGUAUCAUGGGUGAAAAGGAAACAAGAUGAAUGGAUUAAGUUUGAUGAUGAUAAGGUCAGCAUUGUUACACCAGAAGAUAUCUUGCGGUUAUCUGGUGGUGGAGAUUGGCACAUAGCUUAUGUUCUAUUAUAUGGGCCUCGCAGAGUUGAAGUAAUUGAAGAAGAAACUUCACAAUAAUCUUCAUCUUAGCUAUCUGACUAGGUGUGGAAUAAAUGUUGUUCGUUGAUCAUUUCUAAACCCCAGAGCUUUAGAAGAAAUUUUAGGUGGUUCUACAUGGUUUCCCCUCAUGUGGAGCCAAGAGGGUGAAAUCAGACUUGAAAUUUGUUCCAUGUAUUAACAAAACUAAAAACAGGAUACACAGAAAAAAGAGUUUAUCUUUGGACUCUGCUGCCCCUGUAUCAAAGUAGCAAACAGGAAGACUUUUUUUUUUUUAAAGGCUUAUUUCUUGUGUAAUUUUUUAAAAAAUUCUAAAUGGAAAUGCCUUUCAACCACUACCUUCUGUCCUAGUGUUUAAUUUCUCUUUCUGCCUUUUCCAGUCCAAGAUUCAGCAAUCAGAUAUUUAUUGCACACCUAUUAUUCCAUCAUUUGUUGUUAUUCUUGCAUGGUUCAGACCACCAUUCAAUAGCUGCCCAUCCUUUUGCCUUAUCUAACAAAGUUUUGCCAGAAGGUGGAAGGGAGAAUGUUGCCCUUGUUGUGUAACUCAGUGCUGCUGCCCAUAGCCCAUGGAAACAUGGCUACAAUCAAGUAUUUGUCCAGCCUGACCUGCUGACUCAGUCUGUUCUGUUGCUGGCAUUUCAUGACUUCAAAAUAAAUUGUGAUCAAUAACAGUACCUCUAUGAUUAUAGUUUUCUCUGUCUCUAUAGUGUGGUUAUAUAGAUUUUUAUUUAAAUUUUUUGAAAAUUGUUUUAUUUUUCUCUAAAAAGAAAAAGGUGUUUUAGUGAUUCAUCACUUUUCAGAACAUUUGACUCUUGCCCCAUCCACACCCUGAUUGGAAUCAGUUUAAAAAGAAAUAAAUUAGGAAUAUUUCCACAGAAGAUGACUACAAGUAACUGAAGAUGUGAGUUUUCUUGAUUCAGCUAAAGCCGUAAACAUGUAUCUUAAAUUUGUCCUGGCAAUGAUGUACCUUAUACAUUGAUUUUUAUCUUCCAUUUCAGUAAAUUCGAAUUAGCCUAGCCAGUCCUUCACUUAAAAAUGUUUCUUUUGUAACCAAUGAAACUGAUUCCUUAUAUAUAUGUGUUUGUGUGUAUAAAAUUUUAUAUUUCCA